GAUAAACGUUACGUACAUAUGAAUCACCAGAGGCGGGCAUAAUUUUAUAUUUCUUCAACAACAACACAGACUCUUCAUACAUCGUGUCCCGUUGAAGGUUUAUUGUGUGAUAACUGCUACGGUUAUAAAAGAACAAUAAGCUGCCAUGGCCGCAGGUGGGCCCCCAAGGCCAGGGGCCACCCAUUUUGCCACCAAGGUGGAGCUGUCUAUCUCCUGUGAGAACCUCAUGGACAUGGACGUCUUCUCGAAGUCCGACCCUCUGUGUGCUUUAUACAUCAACACAUCAGGCUCCCACUGGUAUGAGUUAGGACGCACGGAGAUGAUCCUGAACUGCCUGAACCCAAAGUUUGCCAAGAAGUUUGUGCUCGACUACUAUUUCGAGAUGGUGCAGAGGCUGAAGUUUUGCGUGUAUGAUAUUGACAACGACACCUAUGACCUGAGUGACGAUGACUUUCUGGGGGAGAUUGAAUGCACCCUGGGCCAGAUUGUUUCUAACAGGCACAUGACUCGACCUUUAUUGCUGGAGAACAAGAAGCCUGCGGGUCGUGGGACGAUCACAAUCUGUGCUGAGGAAAUAACAGACACCAGAGUGGCAAACUUUGAGGUGUCAGCCAGUAGACUGGACACAAAGUUUUUGUGGUGGUCCGACCCUUUCCUGGAAUUCUUCAAGUUAACAGAAACUGGAUGGCAGCUGGCCCACAGGACAGAGGUGGUAUACAACAACCUCAACCCAAUAUGGAGACCCUUCCGCAUCUCAUUGCGAGCUCUUUGUGGAGGUGACGUGGAGAAACCUGUAAAGCCAACAACAGAUGUUUGUCUUCAGGUUGAUUGUUACGACCACCGUGUCAACGGCUCCCAUGCCCUCAUUGGGAGCUUUAGAACCACACUUGCAGAGAUGCAAACAGGAACACACAUCUGCCCGGCUGAAUUUGAGUGCGUUUCCCCAAAAAAGUUAAGGAAGAGAAACUAUAAAAACUCCGGGAUCAUUGCCGUCAAGAGCUGCCAGGUGGUGAGGGAGUACACCUUCCUGGAUUACAUCAUGGGGGGGUGUCAGUUCAACUUCACCAUUGCCAUUGACUUUACAGGCUCCAACGGGGAUCCCAAGUCUCCCCAGUCACUCCACUACAUCAACCCUGAAGGCUAUAAUGAGUACCUGACGGCCAUCUGGGCAGUGGGUAAUGUCAUCCAGGACUAUGACAGUAACAAGAGGUUUCCUGUCUUUGGUUUUGGAGCCCAGGUCCCUCCCCUAUGGCAUGUGUCCCACGAGUUUCCUGUCAAUUUCGAUCCAGCAAACCCGUUCUGUGAGGGCAUAGAGGGUGUUGUGAGGGCCUACCAGGAGUGUCUCCCCCAGUUGAAGCUCUGGGGCCCCACCAAUUUCUCUCCGAUUAUCAACCAUGUGGCCUGCUUUGCCAGACAAGCUCUCCGGCAGAAUGUGGCUUCACAAUACUUUGUGCUGCUCAUCAUCACAGACGGAGUGAUCACAGACAUGGACCACACACGCACUGCCAUUGUGGAGGCCUCUCGUCUGCCCAUGUCUAUCAUCAUAGUGGGUGUGGGCGGGGCAGACUUCAGCGAAAUGGAGUUCCUCGACAGUGAUGACAAACUACUGAGUUCGCCCAGAGGUGAUGUCGCCGCUAGAGACAUCGUCCAGUUUGUGCCGUUCAGGGAUUUCAAAGGAAACAGUGUGGCCCUUGCCCAGAGUGUCCUGGCAGAGCUGCCUGAUCAAGUGUCGUCCUUCUUCAAUUCUUACAAACUGAAGCCCCCUAAUGUCUAUAAUUUUCCUGACCCAUCCUAGAAAAGUGGGUUGAAUUAACCCAAAUACCUCAUAUCUACUCCUUAUAUGCAUCUCCUGAACCUUCAUUCUGUAUUUACUGUAUGCAAAGAAAUGAACAAGGUUCAAAAAUAUGCCAAAAUAUGUGUAAUUAACCUCAAACCCGUGAAUGGAAUUUUCAGUAAUGUUUUACAUGUGAUUUGUCACAUUUUACAGAUAAAAGAAGAGUUGCGUUGACCAGGAGACAUGAUAGCUUGUAAAAUGCAUGUAAACACUUGACAUGUUGGAAUGGCUUUGUUGAUUAAAUAUAUUAUUUCUCUUUCUUUUCCCCGUAUCACCUCUUUUCUACAGUUACUUUACAAUCUCUUAAUGCUUUAACCCAUACUCAUGUCCUUAUCCUCAAAUCACCUGAAGUGCCGUGUGGUGUGUUUUCUGUCUGUCCAGGCAGUGAGCUGAGAAAAGGUCGUGGUCAGGCGCUGGACAGGUCGUGUCAACACCAUCGCACUGAUGUGACACU